UGUCUAAAUCCUUGCUGGGAACACUAUAGUUUUCAUGUUAAAACACACUUACACAAUCUCACAGACAGCUGUCACAGUCACUAUAUUUUCAGUGUACAGUUUAAAUCUGUUGCAUUGCCUUCCUUUAUAUUAAAUGAAAUUGGACUAUGUUAAUUUAGUGCUUGCUUUAUUCAAAGAGCGAAUAAAAGCAGAGAGUGGAGAGAGAGGUGGUAGGGGGCUCCUCCACAGCAGAAAAUUCUCACGCCUGGGUGUGUGCAAGAGAAAGUGUUUUUCCAGAUGCCCCACCCAAAAAGUGAUCAGUAAUCUGCCCCCCAUUUCCAACCCUCUACACAAGCACAGCUCUGAUCAACAGGUCACGACUGAGACCGAAGGAGGACAGGAGAAGAUACGAGAAUCAAGGACUGACUGAUUCCAUCUGACCUACAGCUCUCAUGUCUCCCGUUUGGCUUGGACGAAUAUGUUUGGUCCUGCUGCUGUGCAGGAUUGUGGCAGCGAGAGCCAACAGCAGAUCUAAUCGAAGGAAACGAGAGUGGAUUCUUCCACCAACAAGACUUUAUGAGAAUAUUGACUACACAAAAGAGGAGUUUGUGGCGAAGAUCCGAUCUGAUAAAGAUAUUAACUGGCAGAUGGUGGAAUAUGGACUAAGAGGUCACGGCGCUGACAAGGCACCUUAUAACUUGUUUGUUAUCAAUCCAGAAAAUGGCUAUGUUAGGGUCACCAGCCUGCUAGACAGAGAGAAAACAUCCUUAUACAAUCUGACUGGCAUAGCGACAUUUCGUAACGGAUCAAUAGCGGAAGAAAACAUUGAGCUGAAGAUCAAAGUUGAGGAUCAGAAUGAUAACUCACCAAUAUUCAGAUUACAGAAGGGAUCUGUGAGGGAAAGCAGCAAGAUUGGAACACCUGUCGUGCAAAUAAGAGCUACUGAUGCCGAUGAACCGGACACUCUUAAUUCCAAAAUAGCAUACAGUAUAUUAAGACAAACCCCAGCCGAAUCUGGCCAUUUGUUCUCCAUUGAUAAAACAACUGGGACAGUCUAUGUGAAGGAGAAAACCCUGGAUCGAGAGAGACACGACACAUAUACGUUAAUAGUUCAGGGAGUUGAUAUGAAUGGAGCGCCGUCUGGCAACACAGGAACAGGGACUGUUCAAAUUCAUGUUUUGGAUAUAAAUGACAAUGUUCCCACUCUUGAGAAAGAAGAGUAUUCAGGCAGUGUGGAUGAAGGUAUGAUUGAUGUGGUUGUCAUGAGAAUUAAAGCCCUGGACAAGGAUCUGGAAUUCACUGAUAACUGGCUGGCAGUGUUUGAUAUCCAAAAAGGAAAUGAAGACAACCUCUUCUCAAUUGAAACAGACCCUAAAACCAAUGAGGGAAUCCUAAAACUGGUCAAGCCUGUUGAUUUUGAAAAGGUAAAAGAAUUGGACCUCAGUUUGGUUAUUUCAAAUGUAGCUCCUUUCAUAAAUGGAAGUGCUCUAGAGCUGGACGUUAAUCUGGACAAGGAUUUAGGGGCUGGCGCGGGCCUAGGAGGAGGGGGCGGGGCGGGAGCAGGUUUGGGGACAGGGUUAGGAAUAGGGUUAGGUUUGGGAGGAGGACUGGAUGCUGGGCUGGAUGCUGGACUGGAUGCUGGACUGGAUUUGGAUGCUGGACUGGAUUUGGAUGCUGGAUUGGACGUAGAUGCUGGACUGGAUUUGGAUGCUGGAUUGGAUCUGGGUGCUGGAGUGGAUUUGGGAGUGGAUGCAGGUGGUGGCGUUGGGCUUAAACCUGAUGGCAAGCCUGGAGUUAAGCCUGGAGUUAAGCCUGGAGCCAAGCCUGGCCCCUCACCUGGUGUCAAGCCUGGAACAAAACCUGGUACUAAACCAUCUGGCAAACCUGGAUCUGAGCCUGAUAAAAAACCAUCUGGGAAAGGUUACCCAGUUAAGAUCAGUGUAAACAACCUACCCGACGGUCCUAGCUUCUCACCUUCUGUGAAAGACUUCCCAGUGUCAGAAGAUCCAGAUGAUGAAGAUUUCCCAAUAGUGCUGGGAACAUAUCCUGCUUUGGAUGGCGACACUGGAGAACCAGCUGAAAAUGUGAGGUAUGCUAAAGGUCAUGAUCCUGAUAACUGGCUAAGCAUUGAUGAGGAAACUGCUGAGAUUAAACUGACAAAGGCUCCUGAUCGAGAAUCAAAGUUUUUGGUCAAUGGAACCUACUUUGCGAAGAUUAUCUGCAUGACUCAAGAUGUGCCAUCUAAGACAGCAACUGGGACAAUAGCAUUAAAGGUGGAGGACUCAAAUGAUCACUGCCCAGCACUGACCAGCACCUAUCAUCAAACUUGUGAUAAUAAUAAAGUGGUAAAUAUCACGGCUUUCGACGGGGAUGCCGAUCCAAAUGGAGCACCUUAUCAAUUUGUUCUGAUAGAAGAGGAAAGUGUUGGAAAAUGGGAGAUGGUGCCUAUAAACGGAACAACAGUAAGCUUUCAUGCACUGGAGGCUUUGUGGCCAGGCAUGUACAAGCUUGCAAUGAAGAUCUCAGAUGCUCAGGGUCUGUCCUGUCCAGACAACCAAAACUUUGAGGUAGAAGUUUGUAAAUGUGAGAAAAAAGGCUCAUGUGGGCCGAGACUGGCUGCACAGCGUGGCUUACCAUUCAAAAUAGGAAUACCAGCCAUUGGCUUGUUCCUCAGUGGUGCAGCUUUGCUCUUGUUGGCACCUUUCCUCCUGAUCUUCUGCCAGUGUGGGACUGUGAAGGAAUUCACAGAUUUGCCCUUUUACACCAAAGAAUCUCUCAUUGCAUAUCACACUGAAGGCAUAGGAGAGGACAAGGAGGUUCCUCUUCUCAGCAGUCCUGUUAAUACAAUAGACCAAAAACAACUGUUCCCGGAUGGAACAAUUUCCAACUAUGUAUCCAACAAUGUCUCAUCAAUGCCCUUUCAGGCAAGUGUCACUAAUGAAAGCAGAACAUUCAACCAGGAAAUAAACAAAGGGUUUACCGAAACUGACAGCAAAAGGUUUUUGUCUCGGCAAAACACCUCUUCAACAGCCAACCAUCGCAACAGUGCUCUCUACUCUACAUCACCCACAUAUGAAAAACAAGAUAUUUAUCAGGAUAUGGCAGUGGGAGAUGCUUUUCUCAAUGAAUAUUUCUCUCAGAAAGCAAGCUGUCUUGCAGUGAACCCUCCUCUGAAAGAUGGUCUUGUGUUGUAUGAGUAUGAGGGUCAAGGCAGCCCGGCUGGCUCUGUUGGUCGUUGCAGCCUCCUUGAGUCUGACAGUGACCUGGAGUUCCUCAACAACCUAGGGUCAAAGUUCCUUACAUUAGCGGAACUAUGCCAUCCUCCGAAACCUCCUGUACCCCCUUCCAAAACUGAGCAAGUAGUCAAAUCAGUUGAAACCAGCUUUAAAACCGAGAGAUCCAUCAGUACUAACACCGUCCAGGUUACCAAAACCAUCCCACCUCCACAAGAAGUACAGCAAAGCUCUGUUACCAAAGUUGAGAUGGUUAAUAAAUCAGCCACGCUUCCAGGUGCCAAAGCAAGCGAGAUGUGUUUUGUGCAACAGCAGCCUCUAUACUACCUGGUGGAGCAGCAAGUACCAAACACAGUUUUUGUUGAGAGUCCCAAUCAGGGUUUGUAUGUAAUAAAUGGGAACCCUGGGACGGAAGGUUUGAUCCUCCAAGGCGGAAACAUUUCACAUGCGACUCUGAGCCGAGGACAACAAGCAAUGUAUGUGAUUAAUGGAGCCCCUGUAGCUGCUAAUCAGCCGAUACAGCUGCAGAUGGAAGGACAGCAACAUGAGACUGUGCUGGGAUUUAGCCCUGUCUCAUCUCCCAUCGGAUCACCUGGCGGCGUACUGCUAAUGCAGACACACUUUCAGGAGAACCCAAUGCAGGGGGCGACCAGCAGACCACCAACCUUACUUGCUGAUGUUCCAGCACUGGGCAAACAAAAGAAAGGGAAGACACCAGCUGAGUCACUGGGUACUAAAGAAGUGAAGCCUCAAGCUAAAGACACUGCGCCAUUUAAAUGAAUAUGAGAAGAUCCAAGAAGAUAGAUAGAUAGAUGGAUGGAUGGAUGGAUGGACGGACAGAAAGAUAGACGGACGGAUGGACGGAUAGAUAGAUACAGAUGGACAUAUCGAUUUGAUGAUCAAUAAACAUUUCUUAUUAAUGUUGAUAUUAAUGUUUUUUCAGGAUUCUUCGAUGAACGGAAAGUUCAAAAGAACAGAAUUCUUUUAAAUAUAUUUUUUAAAACAAUGAAAACUGUUUACUAUACAUUUUAAUCAAUUUAAUGCAUUGCUGCUGAAGAAAGAAAAAUUCCUACAAAAAAAAAAACAUACUGACCCUUUUGAACAUAGAUAACAUAUUGGAUCAUAUAUGGAUCAUCCAAUAUUUUUAUGUAGUACAUAUUUUGUGCUUAUUAGUUGUACUUGUGAACAUGCUAGCAUCAAAAUUUAUCAGAAGUACAGUAUAUUUCCAUAAGAGUGGCUGUUGCUAUGAAAAACAUCAAGUUAAUCACUCAUUAAUUUCCGUUUUAGUUGAUGUCUGCAUAAAAGACAACUUCCCAAGGCACAGUCAGUGUCUGUGAGUCAAAAGAAAUCAAUGCAUGACAAGAACAAAGUGACUCAAAAGAAAAUAAUCUUUUUUUAUCAUUAUUAUUAUUAUUAUUAAUUCUGAACAGAUAAGAUCAUAAACUUAGAUCAAAAGACGUUUAACCCUGAAGCAAAAUGCUUCUUAUCUCUCAAAGAAUGUCAAGAAAAAGUAAAGAGCAUGCUUGUGAAAUACAACUUGAAAAUCCAGCUGCUUUUUCUUCAGCAGAAGUUACUAAUUGUCAAUAAUGUCCUUUGCUAAAAGUUAUCUUGAACUGUUCAUUCAGUCAGAAAGAAGUAUGUGUCUAUGCAGACACCAUCCGGGUAAUCUGGCCUUAAGGUUCAUCUGCAUUCACAUUGAGAGAUGCGCAUGUCUCCAGAUGAUCUGACAGCUGAAAGAGGAAUCGUUUGAGGGACAAUGAUCAGUAAAGAACGCUAUGUGUGUGAGCUAAGUGUUGCAGAUGAAGAAGGUCUGUGGCAUGAAACUGUAAAAUAAGCAUUGGAAAAAUAAGAAAUCCAAGUAAAAUGUGUGUGCCAGGUGCUGACCCAGGAUAUGAGAGUGUAAAUCUGACUUGAUCCCAUCCUCUUGCCGUUCUCAUGACCCUUUCUUGUUAUUUUUCUAUUUUUACCGUCAAUAAAAUAGCAAUGCUCAAACUUAUUGCAAAAUUAAACAAAACAUGUUAUAUAAUGCUUGUGAAAAAUUAUUCUUUUUAUAAAAAAAAAAUCAAAAAUGUAUUUUUGUACAAACUUAUCUGGUUUCUUGUUUAAUUACAUACUGAUCGUUUUGGUGAUUAGCCAGUGGUGAUUUAUUCUGCCUUACUGAAAAUCUUUAAUAAUGGGGAUUUUUGACAGUAAUAAUAAACUCCUUUAAC